AUGUCGACAACCCCUCUGGAAACCGGCCCGAUGACGGACGACGUCCUCCGAGGCAUCUUCGCCUCGGACCAGGACAUGUACCCGGCGCCGCUGACCUGGGACCGCCUCCGCAGCUGGACGGCGGCGGCGCCGGACCUGGCGACGUGCUUCUACCUGCCAGACAACGGCCCCUCCGCUGCCGCCGCCGCCACACGCACGAUCGUCGGCGCCGUCGUCGCGCUUCCCUUGCUGGCACCCGCGUGGCGGGAUCUGCUGGCGGGCCGGAUCAAGGAGACGGACGUCGACGCGGCGUCGAUGCUCGCCCGCGACGACGGCGGCGACGACGAGGGAUCUAGGAUUGCGGUUGGGCUGCACGUCUUCCACGUUGAGCGGUUCGACGUGCCCGAGGCGCGCGAGGGCGGGGUGCUACGAGGGUUUGGGAGUAUUGCGAUGCGGGCUAUGGAAGCUGCGGCCGAGGGGAAGGGAUGGGACGUGAUUGGGCAUUCUGCGCUCACGGCGACGGCGGCGGGAAAGCGAUGUUUUGAACAGCUGGGCUUCGAGCCGACGGGCUACGAGGAGUUCUGGGUGGCCGACGGGCGCGGAGGUGUCGAACUGGUGACUGUGUCUGCAGACACGGCGGGAGACGGCACAGUCGUCCCAGACGAAGCGUCCGUCCGAGGACACGCGAGGAUGUUUGCGAAACACUUGCCAUCGCAUCCUGCAUGA